AACAACCGUAAAACCGCCAUCGUGUAUUUUAUGAACGUUAGAAUAUUUCACUGUUAUGACCAUUAAUACACGAUGAAGAGGAGGAGUGUAGAAGAUGUUUUUGUUCAUGUCGAGUCUGCUGUGAUGGGGGAGAGAGGGCUGCUCAUCCUUCUGCUUGCAGGGUUUUGUGUGCCUGCAUACAACCAGAUCAGAAAACACGUGUUUGUGGAAACUAAGAAGAGUUGGUCUGAAGCUCAGAGGUACUGUAGAGAGAAGCACACAGACCUGGCCACUGUGCGCAGCCAGGAAGAAGCAAAGCAGCUCUUAAAUAUUACAGGAGCUUCUCUCUGGGGUUCCUGGAUCGGGCUGUAUCGUGAUGACACACAGAACUGGCAGUGGUCUAACAGCGAUGAUGUCAUCUACUCCAACUGGAGGGCAGACGUCUUCUGUGCUUCAGUCAAUUCAGACGGAAAGUGGACUGAUUUACCCUGCAACCUUCAGGAAGCCUUCAUGUGCUACAAAGAGACCAGCAACAUAACUGAGAGAUACACCCUGAUUGAAGAACUGAAAACCUGGACUGAAGCUCAGCAGUACUGUAGAGAACACCACACCGACCUUGUCAGUAUAAAGAACGCCAGUGAAAAUGAAGACCUAGUGAAGAAAGCGCAGGGCAAGCCCUUCUGGAUAGGCCUGUUCAAUGAGCCCUGGAAGUGGUCACACCAGGGGGAUAACUACACAUUUCACAACUGGAACUAUGGGGAACCAAACAAUAGGGGAGGGGAUGAGAACUGUGUGAUGAUGAGUAAGACUGGUGAAUGGACUGACACUGGCUGCAAUUAUCAGAACUCCUUCUUCUGCUGUGAGGGCGGCUCCUCUGGUCAGUGUUUCUAUGAAGGAGCUUGGAAGACAUGGCAGGAAGCUCAGAGCUACUGCAGAAACCAAGGUAGAGACCUGCCCACCAUUCAAGACCAGGCCAGGGUUAAUGAGCUUAUAGGUCUUAUACCUUCAUAUAGUAACUGGUAUUGGAUUGGGCUGCAUCGUGAUAAAGAGAACUGGCAGUGGUCCAGUGGAGGUGAUGUCAUCUACUUCAACUGGGGACGAUACCUCUUCUGUGCUUCAGUCAAUGCGGAGGGAGAGUGGGAGGAUUCACUCUGCAGUCAGGGAAACUAUUUCAUGUGCUACAGCGAGACCAGCACCAUCACUGAGAGAUACACCCUGAUUGAAGAACUGAAAACCUGGACUGAAGCUCAGCAGUACUGUAGAGAACACCACACCGACCUCGUCAGUAUAAAGAACGCCAGUGAAAAUGAAGAAAUAGUAAAGAAAGCGCAGGGCAAGCCCUUCUGGAUAGGCCUGUUCAAUGAGCCCUGGAAGUGGUCACACCAGGGGGAUAACUACACAUUUCACAACUGGAACUAUUGGGAGCCAAACAAUUGGGGAGGGGAUGAGAACUGUGUGUUGAUGAGUAACACUGGUGGAUGGUUUGACUAUAGCUGCCACUUUCAGUUGCCCUUCUUCUGCUGUGAGGGUGAGGACCCUGUUCAGACUGUGUUCUCAUUUAAUUCAGUGUAAACAUUCAGGUUCAAAGAGAGAAGCCUGAUUAGAUCUCUUCAAUAAA